CAAACAAAACUCUAGGUAUUGUAUGCAUUUAUAUGUACUUUACAGCGCAAAAGAGAACCUUGAUUCGAUGUAAUGAUUCGUUUCUCUUAUCAGCCAAAUGCUAUCUUUAACAUUAGGUAGUAAUUUAGUUCCUUAUAGGCACAACUACCUUUGGGUAACUAAUUGACCGCAUCGUCUACUAUGAACGUCUCUUUAAGCGCGGGUAACCCAACGGAUGAUGCGCAUCUACAGCGGUGCUGGAGGAUCCAGAACUGCAAGGACUGUCUAAAGAAGGAGUCGGACUGCAGUUGGUGUCCAUUCUCCUGGACAUGCGUUCCCAACUCGAACCGGAUCCAAUUGCUCGCGCCGGCAUGGGACAAGAACGUAUGUCCGCACUGGGCUGAGCGGUGGGAAAUUCGCACUCGGCCGCUCGGCUGCCGGGUCUCGACUAUCACCACGCUGACUUCGCUUGUUUCUAUCGCAUCAACGCUUGUCUUCGUGCUACUCGUCACAUUGGUGGUGUUUGGGAUCCGGAGGCUUAAGGGAUAUAGUAAGAAGAACCCGAGCUGGUGGAAGAUAUGGAAAUACGACUGGAGGUGUUGGAACGAACUUCGGCAACAGUGGCUUCGUAUGAGGAUUGGAGAUCAACCCGGUACGGAAGUUCGGGAAUCAAGUCGCGAGCAGGAGCCAUUGCUACCGUCCUGAGUGUGUAUACAAGAGCAUAGCUAGGUCACAGGGAAACAAAAUCU